AUGUCAGAUUCAAGUUCUGGAUCUGGUUCAGGUGAACAUCUCAAUCGUUACAAUGCAAAUGAUAAUGCAUUUGUUGUAACAUUAGUUAUCAAUUGUGUGGUGAUGUUAAUUUUCUUUUUAAUAUUUUGCAUUGUAAGAAGAAAAUUCAAACAAUUUUACCAAUAUAGAUUUGAACAACACCACAAAGGUGUGUCAGUACCCCCAUCGGAUGGAUUCUUUUCAUGGGUUGUAGAUACAAUUAAAUAUAGUGAUAAUAGUAUUAAAGAUACUGCUGGUUUGGAUGGAUUUAUGUAUUUAAGAAAUGUUAAAACAAGUUUUUAUAUUUGUGUUGUAUUAAUGGUAAUAUCAUCAGUUAUGUUAUAUCCAACCAAUUAUUAUGGUAAAUAUAAUGAACAUAGAGAAAAGGAUGAAGAUGGUAAAUUACCAGAUGAGGUUGUCGGGUUAACAAUGAUAUCAAUGGGUAAUAUUGAAAGAGGAUCUCAUUUGUUAUGGGUACAUUUGGUAUUUGUUUUCUUUGUUACCAUUGUGGUUUUAUGGUUUAGUUAUCAAGAUUAUCAUCUUUAUUCAAAGGAGAGAAUUCAAUAUAAACAACAAAGUCGUCUUUCAAAUUAUACAAUCAUGUUAAGAGAUAUUCCAAAUAGUAUGUUCACUCGUGAGGAAUUAUCAAAUUACUUUAAGAGUCAUCUCUCAAAUCCAUCAGAUCUUUUGGAUGUAUCAUUACAAUAUCCUGCACCUCAUAUCUAUGCAUUGGUUUCCGAAAGAGAGAACUUUGUAAAGAAAUAUGAAAGUGCCAUAGAGAGCUAUAGAAGAACCAAAGAGAAACCAACUACAAAAAUAGGAUUUUUAGGUUGUUUUGGAGAAGAGAAAGAUAGUAUCGACUACUUUCAAGAGAAGAUCGAUGAAUUAACCAAAAAGAUUGAAUACGAGAGAGCCGAGGCUGAAACUGGUUACUAUAUUAAAAAUGCCAAUUCAAAUGUUGGUGGUUCAAGUUUUGUGAUUUUCAAUCAAAGAAAGGUUCAAAAAGAGAUGGUUCAAACUAUUAUGCACGCAAAGUAUCAUGUAUUGUUCUCUCGUUAUUAUGCACCAGAUCCAAACGACGUAUUCUGGAAGAAUAUCCAUAUUGGAUUGAAAUCAUACUAUGUCCGUUCACUUAUUGUUGCAAUUUUAACAUUUGCUCUCGUCUUCCUUUGGGGUAUUCCAGUGGCAUUUUUAAGUGGUUUCAGUAAUUUGGAAACUAUCUCUAGAGUUAAAGCAUUCUCUUGGAUCACUGAUAUCAUUAGCAAGAGUAAAAUUUUACAAGGUUUUCUUAGUGGUUUCUUACCAAAUUUAAUUUUAAUCAUUUUCAUGAUCUUAUUGAUCCCCAUCAUCUAUGCUCUUAGUCGUGCUUGUGGCUAUUUCUCAAAUAGUAGAAUUGAAGCUUCUGUUUUCUCAAAAUAUUUCCUUUUCUUGGUUUUCAAUGUUUUCCUCGUUUCCGCUAUCGCUGGUACAAUCUUCCAAUCAAUUGAACAAAUUGCAAAUGAUCCAACCUCAAUCAUUGGUUCAAUCGCAAAUUCCCUUGGUGGUUUAUCAUUCCAAAUGAUCAAUUAUAUUUUAAUUGCUGCAGCUGGUUCAUUUGGUGCAAUUUUACGUAUCGUUGGUUUAAUUAUUCAACUCAUUAAAUUGAAAUGGUUAGCAAAAACAAAGAGACAAAUCGAUGAUACCCUUCAUCAAGGUCCAUUUGCUUAUGGUGUAAACUAUGCAAAGAAUCUUUUAAUCCUUCAAUUGACUUUGGCUUACUCAACUCUAUCACCUUUUAUUUUAAUAUUUGGUGCUUGGUAUUUCGGUUUAAGUUAUCUCGUUCAAAAGUAUAACAUCAUUUGGGUAAAUACUCCUAAUUAUCAAUGUGGUGGUUUCAUGAGCCCAAUGCAUUUCAGACGUACGAUCAUUGGUUUACUCAUUUAUCAUAUCCUUAUGAUUGGUACUUUCAAUGUUUACAAAUUCUACUAUGGUAUUUUGGUAGUCAUCUGUUUAGUUGUUACUAUCGUAUUUUGGUAUUUUGCUGAAUAUAAAUUCAAGGAUAUUUCAAAGAGUGGUAUAAUGGAUCAAUAUCAAAAACAACAAACUGAUGGUACCAAUAGUGGUGAUAUUGAAAUGAAAGCCUCUGGUAGUUCAGUUAUCAAUGAUAGUACAAGUUUAAAUCCAACUGUACAUCAAGAAUUCCAUGAUGCUUCUCAUUCAAUCUCUGAAUAUAAUUCAAAUAGUUAUAAACCACCAUAUUAUGAAUUAAUGAAAAUCAAUAAUUUUGAUUUAGAUUUCCCAAUUGGUGGUUCUGCAAAUGUUUAA